AUGUCACCAUAUUUCCAAGAUAUGUUAGAUGGUGUUGCUGGUAUUGGACUUGGUUAUAAGGGGCCUUCUUAUGAUAAGUUAAGGGUUCAUUUGUUGGCUGAUCUUAAAAGAGAAAGUCAAAUACUAGUUGAUAGUUAUAGGAGUGCAUGGAAGGAAACUGGAUGUACCCUCAUAGCUGAUGGUUGGACAGAUCAAAGACAAAGAACCCCAAAUAAUAUUGUGCAUGUUGUGACUGACAAUGCGGCCAAUUAUGUUGCUGCUAGUAGGCUUAUCAAUAGAAAAUAUGAUAAUAUCUAUUGGUCACCAUGUGCUGCUCAUUGCCUUAAUCUUAUUUUAAAAGAUAUAAGCAGCAUGGCGCAUAUUUCUAACCUUGCAACUCGUGCUUCAAAGAUCACAGUAUUUGUGUACAAUCAUACGAUUUUCUUAUCUUGGCUAAGAGAAACACCUAAGUGGAGAGAAAUUGUAUGUCUUGGUGCAACCCGGAGUGCUACUGGUAGAGCUGUGAGUGCUAUUAUUCUGGAUGCAAAAUUUUGGGACGAUUGCUUUACUGUAUGUAAACUUGUGAGCCCUCUGAUUUACUUGCUGAGGGUUGUUGAUGCUGAUGACCCCUCAUCUUUGGGGUAUGUUUAUGAAGGAAUGCUAAGGGUAGAAGAUGCAAUUAAGGAGAUGUUUAGGCAAUCCAAGACUGCAUAUCAGCCGUACACAGAUAUUAUCAACUCAAGAUGGGACAAGCAUUUGAAGAAAGAUCUUCAUGCGGCAGCUUACUUCCUGAAUCCUAAAUUCUUUUUUAAUGAAAAUUAUAAAGAAGCACCUGAUGUUAUGCGAGGUUUGCUUGAUCUUGUUAACUUUUAUUGCAAGUGUAACAAUUUGGAUUCAGUUCAGGCAAUGAAAGAAAUACAUUUAUAUAGAGAUCGGAAGGAAAGUUUUGAUAGACAAGAAGUUAUUCCAGCUGCAUCUGAACUUAAACCUGGUAAGAAUAUGGUUGAAUAUUUGUUUUAA